AUGGAGGAUGAUACUUUGAGAUUAGGGGCUCGUUUAAUAACUUCUGGAUUUCCUAUAAGACCCAAAACCCUAAGUUCUUUCUCAGUCUCUGUAUCCCUUCCUCACUCAGCAGUCGCGGCGGCCGUUCUUUGCUCCGAGCAUCUUGAUUUUGUGAGGAUGGUGAGGGUUAGCGUGUUGAAUGACGCUCUCAAGAGCAUGUACAAUGCUGAGAAGAGGGGGAAGAGACAGGUCAUGAUCAGGCCUUCUUCAAAAGUUAUCAUCAAGUUCCUUAUGGUUAUGCAAAAGCAUGGCUAUAUCGGUGAGUUUGAGUAUGUUGAUGACCAUAGAUCAGGAAAGAUUGUGGUUGAACUCAAUGGUCGCUUGAACAAAUGUGGGGUCAUCAGUCCCCGAUUUGAUGUUGGUGUCAAAGAAAUUGAGCCAUGGACUGCUAGACUUCUUCCUUCAAGACAGUUUGGGUACAUUGUUUUGACUACAUCUGCUGGAAUUAUGGACCAUGAAGAAGCAAGGAGGAAGAAUGUUGGUGGUUAA